GCGCUCCUUUCCGAUUUGGCGCGAUUCGCCGCUCCCGCGCGCUCUCCCGCCCUCGCACCCUCUUCUUCUCCCGCGCGGAGCCGCCGUGUGUCGCUGCCCCAAUCCUAUGCGUAGCCACCGUGGCUCACUACCCCAAUCCUGCGUGCAGCCGCCGUCGCGCCCUGGUCCGCACGCACUCCCUACUGUCAUCGCGCCCUUGCUCCGUUCGCCCUCUGCCGCUCCUGCGCCGAGCCGCCAUCACCUCGCCAUGUUUAGGCCGCCGCGUCCCCGUUGUUGGGGAAGGCGGCGUGUGGGAUGGAUCCGAGAGGAGUGUUCCCCUAUCCCAGUUUGUGGCAGGAAGGGGGGAUCCGGAGGGAGAUGGCGCACAGCGUUGGAUCGGUGCGCCGUCGUGUGGUACCACCCGCAGGCUUCCAUGGCCGGCUGCCAGAGGACCUCCUGGAUGCUCACCAAUUCCACUUGGAGGAGGCGUGCACUGGUGACAGCUUCCAAACUCACACGAGCUAUGAUACAGAUACAGGGUAUUUCACUGACCUCCUAGUGAAUGAUGUUGAAGAAUCUCAGCAUCCAACACCUCCUACUGGUCCAACCAUCCAUCAUGCUCCUGCAUCAGCCAAGAGUUCUCAGGGAAGAAGCAAAAAUUUUAGAGAUGAGGAGGCCAUACUUCCUGUGUUAGCUUGGCUAAAUGUGGGCAUGGAUCCUAUUCUAGGAGUUGAUCAAUCACAGGGCACAUAUUGGAGAAGGAUACAUGAAAAUUUCCAUGGAAACAAGAAGUUUGAGUCAAAUCGCACAGAAGGUUCUUUAAUGAACCAUUGGUCCGGUAUACAACAUGAUGUGAAUGUGUUUUGUGGAUGUGUGUCCAAGAUCGAAACUAGGAACCGCAGUGGAUGGUCUGUUGAUGACAAGACUGCAAAUGCAUGUACACUAUUCAAGGCUGAAGACAAGAAGCAGAGGAAGUUUGCGUACUUGCAUUGCUAGAAAAUCCUAAAGGAUAAGCCUAAGUGGUUGGAUAGGAGGAAAGAAAUUAGAAGUGCAAAUAAAACAAGCAAUAAGAAACAAAAGAUAGUGGCAAAUUUAUCUCCUGUAUCAGUUGCACCUGCUGCUCCUGGUGCUGGUGGUGAUGAUGCUGAACCGUCAGGAAGACCUGACGGAAAGAAGGAAAGAAGGAGAAGGAGAAGCUACGGCAAGUUCGACCAACAAAGCAGUGGACUAUCUAAUGGCAAAGAAAAAAGCUCACAUUGAAAGAGACUUGAAGAAACAUGAGAGGUGCAACAAAGCCUUUGCACUGCAGGAUCCAAGCAUACCAGAAAAUCCUCUGCUUGCUCCAAUUGCAAGGAACCUAGCGGUAUCCUGUUCAUUAGGCAAUCUCAUGUACUCCGGUCCAAAAUCCUCCACAACAGCCACUACAAACUUUCUCAAGGCUUCUAGAGCAGUACUCUCACCAAUACGAAUGUACUCAUCCAAAGCAUCAGCUGGUACUCCAUGAGCUAACAUAUGGAAAGUUGCGAGAACCUUCUGCAGACAAGAUAGUCCUAGCACACCGCCUGCAUUCCUCUU